AAUGGCUUAGCGGAUCACCCCUGUGAAAUAGUCAGUGAAUCCCAAAACCCACAUAGCCCAGCAGCUAGCGGAGGCCCGAGCCUAGCCGCCAGAGAUCGAGGCGGAAACAUAUUUUUUUCUUCUUCCAGGAAUCCCCCCGCCCCUGGUAUUCCGCAUCCGCUCCUCCACGCGCCACCCGCUGCUCCUUCUCUAUCUCUCGUCGUCGCGGUACCCCGUGGACGCGGACGGCUCCGGGGCGGGCGACCGCCAUUGGCGCUGCCGCCAAGCCACCAUUGGGAAAGAACAGAAGAUGGUUGUCCAGGAGUUCACUGUUGAUCUCAACAAGCCCCUUGUUUUCCAGGUUGGCCAUCUCGAGGAACAUUACCAGGAAUGGGUUCACCAACCUAUUGUGAGCAAAGAAGGUCCACGCUUUUUCAGAAAUGAUGUCAUGGAGUUGUUGACACUCACAAAAUGGUGGGCUGUGCCAGUCAUAUGGCUACCUGUCGUUUGCUGGUUGUUUGUCAAGUCUAUUCAAAUGGGUCAUACUAUUCAGGAAGUAAUUCUAAUGGCCCUAUUUGGAGUAUUUGUCUGGACAUUGAUUGAGUAUUCUUUGCACCGCUUCCUAUUCCACAUCGAGACUAAAAGCUAUUGGUCAAACACAGCACAUUACCUUCUUCAUGGAUGCCACCAUAAGCAUCCUAUGGACUCACUCAGACUUGUAUUCCCUCCUGCUGGAACAGCAAUUUUGUGUGUGCCGUUCUGGAACGUAGUCGCAUUCUUUGCAACUCCAUCUUCAACUCCUGCACUGUUUGGUGGUGGCCUGUUGGGAUAUGUGAUGUAUGAUUGCACUCACUAUUACUUGCACCAUGGACAGCCAUCCAAAGAUCCAGCAAAACAUCUCAAGCGGUAUCACCUCAACCACCAUUUCAGAAUCCAGGACAAGGGCUUCGGCAUCACCUCAUCGCUCUGGGACGCAGUUUUUGGGACGUUGCCUUCAUCCAAGAUCUCCGUGAAGCACAACUGAUGUGUAUAAACAUGUUCUUUGCAUCAGAAAUUCUUAAGAGGACUUGUACAUUGAUUGUUAGGCAAACUGUUCCUCUUCUCUGCCAUGGGUUCACAUGUCUACUCGGUCCGAGUUGCAGUGGAGUGCCGGUGCCUGUUCUGAUGAGAAGAUAUUUGAUUGCCUUGCCAUUUCAUCCGCAGCCAAUGGGCUAUUCUUGAUAUUUUGAUUCUCCUAUAAUCUUAGAAAUUAGGAUCAAUAGUUUCCUAGCAACAUCGAUUGUGUUUCAUUUUUGGGGAUUCAGUUAUCUAUUCUUCAGAGCAUGAUGUGAGAUGUGUGCUCUUUUCCGUGUAUAUACGACAUCAGUUCGUUGG